GAGGAGAAAUUGUUGUCCCAGACGCAUGUGAGAGUCGGGGGCUGAUUGACCAUUCAUGGUAUAGCUUACUAAUUAGAAACUGAAAUACGCUCAAUUUUUUGGGGAGGGCAUCAUUUUUAUCAAUAAACUCGGCGUUUUUCCUUUCCAUUUCCUUUUCUUUAUUUCUUUAUUUCAUUUUUCUUUUCUUUGAGAGCACCUGCCCCGAGGAUACAAUCGUUCAUCCGUCUCCUGCGUUGCAGAUUCGAGUUGGACUACCAAACUGCGCAGGAGAGCUCCCCUGCGAAACGCGUCAUGGGAUACGGCAGAAUCAUUGCCGCUUCUUUUAUUCACACCUGAGGUUUUGGUGGAUUAACACACGUUUUGAUUUGAAGCAGCUCCUCUGUCAGCUUUAAGAAAAACUUUUUGUCCAUCACUCGGAACUACUAUCAGGAACUCUUAUUACUUUUCAGCGGUUUGGAUUUUGGGGAAGAUUUGUCUGUGGGGUGACAGAAUGGUCCCAUCAGCCUGCCUAACACUGACCGUUGUCAUCUUUUAUUGUACCGCAGCCGCAAACGCAGGAAAUAUGGAACAAGCAAACCUGCUGGCACCUAUAAUACGGCCUUCUGUGAACCACCACAUUCAUCACAGUGGGGGCUCAUUCACUCUUGUAUGCAGGGGCUCUGACCAACUACACUGGACCCUUCCUUUUCGAUCUGUGUCAUCAGAAGACGUGAAAGUAGAUAAGUGUGACCCAAAAGCACACUCGCACUGCAGCAGACUGUCAGUCAAAAACCUGAGUGUGAAUGACACUGGGACAUACAGCUGUCAACACUCCCAUAAAGACACAGGCCACAUCAGUUCUGUCUAUGUCUAUGUCAAAGAUCCCCUGCACCCCUUUGUGAAACAGCAUCCUUCACCCGACAUCCUGAGUAUAUCCAGGGAUGAAACCUCCAUUGUGGUCCCCUGCAGGACUUCCUCUCCAGACACCAAUGUAUCACUUACUGGGACUCCAGCCUUAUCAGAGGAGAUUACUAAUAACACGAGAUGGGAUCCAGAAGUGGGUUUCACGAUUCCCUACGGCCCCUACACCACAUAUUACUUCCUCACCUGUGUCACCAAAGUUAACGGCUCUGAGGUUACAUCGACAUACAUUCCUCACAGAUGGGAAAACAAACUGAAAAAAGUGACGAUCACCCCAUCGCGUAUCAGAGUGUUGGUGGGAUCUAACUUCACCCUCAACUGCACAGGAGAGUCUACCUAUAAUGGACGUAUCAACUUCACAUGGGAGUUUCCAAAGAGGAUUGUGCAUCGCAGUCAUAAUGAGAGCAAGACCAGGAACCCAGGUCAAACAACUGUGAUGAGCAAGUCUAUCACGAUUGAAGAUGUCACUACAGAUGACAGGGGGGUCUACCGUUGCACGGCUGAGACUGACCCCCUCAAGGGAAUCCGGAAGAAUGCCUUAGCCAGAGUCACUGUCUUUGAGCACCCGUUCCUCAAUGUUUCCUAUAAGUCUGAUAACUCUGGUAAGAUUGUUGUCCUUGAGGGUAGAAAGAAACUAGUUUUGGAGCCAUCGGUCAAUGCUCUGCCAGAACCAAACACAGUAGCAUGGUAUAAAGAUGGUGUACUUAUUAGGCAGAAUUCCACCUGCUACAAGAUGUCUCGCUGGAACUUGAUAAUCACAGAUGUGCAAGGCAAACAUGCAGGGGUCUUCACUGUAGCCCUGGGGAACCAAGGUGUGGGCCUGCACAGGAAUCUGAGCUUCACUCUUUUAGUCUACGUGAAGCCAGUUAUUUUGGAGUUGGAACUUGCCACUUUGGAUGUGCAGUCUUACAUGCUUGGCAAGAAGUACCCGUUAACCUGCACCACCUACAGUUUGCCCACGCCCAGUGUCACCUGGCUCUGGCAACCAUGCCGCACAGAUCCCACACUUACUGAUUGCCAGGUGGACACUAAGCCAGUCCCAGUCCAGAUUGAUGACAAGAAAGGAAAUUCCCACAAUUGGAUUGAGAGCAUAAACCACAAGAUUGAACUGAUCAAAGGAAAGAACAAGACUGUGAGCACCCUGGUGGUAGGAGAAGCUCACGUGUCAGGAUUCUACUUCUGUGUGGCCCAGAAUGAGAUUGGCAACAGCACAAUGAAGAUCCCUUUCUACGUAGAUGAUCAUUUGGAGCAACCCAGAAUUGAGCCGCAGAUGGCCAUCGAGGGGGAUAACAUCAAUCUGACCUGCCGAGCAGCUCGCUUCCUCUACACAGACCUGCAGUGGUUUGAUGCCCAGAAUCGCACAAUAACCUCCAAUGUCUCCAGCCUCCAAAUCAACCGCUACUCUAUCUCCCGCUCUCUCACACUGCACAAUGUCUCCAGCAGUCGUGAUAUGGGUUUCCAGUGCCAGGCGCAAAACCACCAUAAUAAAGUCAUAGUCAAGUCCUCUGCACUUACUGUGCAUGUGAGACAACACCCCUGGCUGAGCCAAAAUCUGACAAAUCAGAAUGUGAACAGCAGCAGCACCCUGACACUGACUUGCGAUGCCCACGGAGUUCCUCAUCCCCACAUCACCUGGUACAAAAAUUACAUCCCAGUGGAGGAAGGCCCAGGUAUCACACUGGGACAGGAUGGGGUUCUGACCAUUGAAAGGGUAAAGAAAGAAGAUGAGGGUUCGUAUGAGUGCUGGGCCAGCAAUGAAGAGGGAACCGUGAAAACCACUGCUUACGUCACUGUGGUUGGUGUUGAAGAGAAACCAAACAUUGAGGUGAUCAUUGUGCUGUGUACAGUCGCUGCAGCCACUUUCCUCUGGCUCAUGUUCAUCCUCUUCAUCCGCAAGCUUAGGAAGCAGCCUGCACACUACAAGAUGGGCCCGUCCAUUAUCAUUGACCCUGAUGAGUGUCCCCUAGAAGAGCAGAAUGAGCUUCUUCAGUAUGACAGCAGCAAAUGGGAGUUUCCCCGUGACCGCCUAAGACUAGGCAAAACUCUCGGCCAUGGAGCCUUUGGAAAAGUGGUGGAGGCUUCUGCCUUUGGGAUUGACAAGCUCUCAACCUGCAAGACUGUUGCUGUCAAAAUGCUGAAAGGAGGAGCUACAACAAAUGAGCGGAAAGCUCUGAUGUCCGAGCUGAAGAUCCUGAUCCACAUUGGCCAUCACCUGAAUGUGGUCAACCUGCUUGGAGCUUGCACCAAGCCUGGAGGUCCAUUAAUGAUGAUAGUGGAGUUCUGCAAAUAUGGCAACUUGUCCAACUAUCUAAGAGGCAAAAGAGGUGAUUUCACUGUGUACAAGAGCCAGGAUGGCAAAGCAGUGUCAUCAGGGUCAGGCUGCGAGCUGAGCGAACUCAUGAAGCGCCGUCUGGAGAGCGUGGCAAGUACCGGAAGCUCAGCCAGCUCUGGCUUCAUCGAAGAUAAGAGCUACUGCGACUCAGAGGAAGAGGAGGAAGAGCCUGAGGAUUUAUAUAAGAGAGUACUGACAAUGGAGGAUUUAAUUUGCUACAGUUUUCAAGUUGCAAAAGGCAUGGAGUUCUUGGCUUCACGCAAGUGCAUCCAUCGUGAUUUGGCUGCACGAAACAUCCUGCUUUCUGAAAACAAUGUUGUGAAGAUAUGUGAUUUUGGACUUGCCAGAGACAUCUAUAAAGAUCCAGACUAUGUGCGCAAAGGAGAUGCUAGACUGCCCCUCAAGUGGAUGGCUCCUGAGGCCAUUUUUGACAAGAUCUACACAACUCAGAGUGACGUGUGGUCCUUUGGAGUUCUCAUGUGGGAGAUCUUCUCUCUGGGUGCCUCACCAUACCCUGGCCUCCAGAUUGAUGAGGAGUUUUGCUGCAGGCUGAAAGAGGGGACCAGGAUGAGAGCCCCAGAAUACUCUUCCUCUGAAAUAUAUCAGACCAUGUUAGACUGCUGGCAGGGGGAGCCACUCGAGCGACCAACUUUCACUGAGCUGGUUGAGCGGCUGGGAGACCUGCUUCAGGCCAGUGUACAACAGGAGGGGAAGCAUUACAUACCCAUCAACACAGCCCUGCUGGGUAAGGAGGGAGACCAGACCACCACUGUGAUCUCAGAGGAGACACCUACACGACCUGUCUCGCACCGCGACUCAGGGAGUACCUGGAACAUCAAGAUCCGUCCUAGUAGUGUGAAAACCUUUGACGAGGUUACCAUGGAGAACGGGACAAAUGAGAACCAUGGGGGGGGUCAGUCAGACAGCGGGAUGGGCCUGUCCUCUGAUGAUAUGAAGACUCUGAAGCGGCUGGAGUCACUGGCAGGUCGACCCCUCAGCAUAAUGGCUCUGGCGAUGAAGGCAGUGAGUAAGAGUAAAGAGUCAGUCCUGACUGAGGGAGAGAAGGAAAAGUACCCACCAACAGUCCAAUCUCUGGAUUUCAGCCUGGAGGACUCGGCCCUGGACGCCGGGUUGGAGUGUCACAGCCCACCUCCUGACUACAACUAUGUGGUGCGCUACUCCACCCCACCUGUGUAGCCCCCCCACCACCACCACCACCUCAGCCCCUGGAGAAUCUGACUGAUAGCCUCAAGGCCUCUUGCUUUGUUCUCCUCUCUUUUGACUCUAUCUCUGGACUUCACAGUAAACCAUAAAAUGUCCUGCCUUCCCCCUCUUUAACAUAGCUUUGUUCUUUACCGAGAUUUGAGAGAGAAUCAUGUGAGACGCUCUGUUAAAAGUGUGGCUGUGUUGAAUAAGGAUGCUCUGAGAUGCCUCCUUUUGUAUCGCCUCGGCUCUAACUUGCAUUUCGCCGGCCGUGCAGAACAACAAAACCUCUGGUCAGGCUGUCCAUUCCUUGCCAGUUUCCACACAGAGCCCCACAUUAAUGCUGCUGGUCCUUUCCACAUCCACUGUGAUAUCUCAAACAGCUAAAGACAGGCUCAGGUAUUUCUUUGAUCUACUGUGAAAACAAACAAAGCACAAUUAUUCCAGCUUUCGUACAGAUUUUAACAAAAUACAACACUUUGAGAAUGUAAAUGAAGUAUGUGUUACCAGGAAAGUGUGUUACCACCUUGAAAAGAAAGGAGACAGGAUAAGUGAGGCAUUUCUUUUUUUUUUUUUUUUUUGAAAUGAGACUAUUUUACAUCUACAUUAAUAUUGUAAAAUGUUGAAAACUGGAAAGUAAUUUGAUUGAUUUGUAUCCUGAAUUAUUCUUAAUAGAUACCUGUAAGGUUCAAGAGAUGAUCUUUUUACAAUGUAGAAAAAAAAUGACAUGUUCCUGUUUCAGUACCUAGCAUAUAGAUAGCAGUAUAAUGGUGCUUACUUAAGACGGGCAUUGGGAAAAGGUUUCAUGUUUGAGGGGUAUUUUCUCCCACAUUCCCAUGAAACACGAAACGUUAGCAUGAAAUACUAGCGACACUAACUCAGGUUGAUCUACAGUGAUAAGAGAGAGGUGUUAUCUGUUAUUUAGUGGUGAACUGGUCUUUUCUAAACCCCCCAUGUCAGAAGCAAUCUUGAAAAUGCCAGGUUAAUGGAGGAAACUAGAUAGAACUGGGUGAUAGAUCAGUCUGCUUUGGAUAAAACAUACCUCUCAACCAUGAAGGCAUUUUAAAUGAAGAGCUAUAUUUAGAUUCCUCCUCCAUUCGCAAUCUGGUCCUGUUACUGAAGAAACUCAAAUGUGUGUUUAUUUUGUUUUGAAACGCUGGAAAGAGGGGAAGCAAGAGGAUACCAGGGAGCCACAUGGUUUUGUUUAUUUUCUUGUGUACUAAAGUAGUUAGAAAAAUGAGAUUAGAACACAGCUUCAUAGGAACUGUCAUCAAAAGCACUAGUCAAAUAAACGUUGCGUAUUUAUUUAGAUUGUAAACUUUGUCACUUAAUUAAUCCUGCUCUGUUGUUCAUUUAGAGUCAUGCAGAAACCUUAACCAAAGGAUUUAGCAGCUCCCUCCUCCUGAUAUUAACAUGGUAUAUUCAAGAAUUUCUUUCCAGAUUGAUAUGCUGUUUAUGCUGCUGUAUACAUUAUAGUUACAUCGUAAAGCUGAGGGAAUCUGCUUUUGCAGAGUGUGUAAAAGGAAAUACUCUGUCCUUUGUCCUUUAUGGCGGUUGUUAGUAAAGCUUGCAGGGCAGGCUACAGAAACUCUACAUGUGUGUGAAGUUGGCACCAGGCUGGUCACUAUAUACUGGUCACUGUAAGUUAUAUUAUCUGUGUUAACAUAUGUAAAAUCUGUCAUUAUUUUUAAAAGGUGAGCAUUUUAUUUGUAUUACAGAAUAUAAUGGACAUACUGUGGACCAAACCUUUCUUUACUUCACCAGCUAAAAGUCCAGCUUGUGUUAUCAAACACAUACCCUGUAGCAGUGUUGGUAGCUUCUGCUUUUUGACCACUAAAUGGAACCAUUUUUGUCACUAAAGUAUAAAGUGGGUAUUGUUAAAACCUGUCUCUAAACCCCUAAAUGUUGCCAAAUGAUGUUUUGUCAAGUUUUGUUUUGUUUGUUUGUUUUUUUUGUGGAGGUGGAAUGAUUAUGCACUGAUACUUUAUAUCAAAUAUAAUUUUUGUAUUCUAAAUGUAUAUUAUUAUUAACCAGCAGUAUUGGGGGUCACACAUUACAAAGUACUCAGAUUUUAUUUUUUGGAGUAAUUUAACACUUAAGUCUUUUGAGUUAUGUAAUACAUACUUUUUUUAAAAAUAAGUCAGACAUUACUUUUCCAGUAUUAUGUUAUAUUAUGUCUUUCAUCAGUUUCACAUUCUGCUUAUCAUUAUUAUGUUCACUUAUCAUAAAUUUCAUGCCUCAUUUGAACUGUUUGUUGUAUCAUUAAGGCUACUGCCAUCAUAGGAAUAUAAUGCCAAACCUCUUUUGAAUGCAAAAGUAAAUACAUUUAUGUUGCACUGCAUAUCUUCAUACAUAGCAAUGACUAAUAACACCUGAAAUAGUGCAAGCCAUCAUCCAAGAUUUGUUCCAUGUUUGUUUUGCUUGUUUGUUUUAUUGUACAAAAGCUGUAUAUCACAUUACUUUUACUGAAAGUAAUGUUCCCCAACACUGUUAACCAAGUAUAUGAAGUAAAUAAAUGAAUAA